ACCAUCGGGUUGUGGUGGAUAUAUAUAUUAUUUGGGUGGAAGAAAUCCAGUGUCUUGAACUUUCCGGCGGGGAUUCGAGCUCUUAUCAUCGCUGGAGAGAUUUGAAGUUGUUUCCACUAAGGUUUUUGCAUGCCUUAAUAUGGAACUGCCUCCACCUCAUGCUUUGUUGUAUACGAGUGAUAAAAGACCCCUGACUUGUCUGAAAUCAGAGUUCCUUUCUUCGGUUCCCUUCUGGAAGUCUGAAACCAAUAAGAGAGGUUAUAACAAGCAUUGGAAGUCACGAAACCUCUCUCUUACCAUAGUUGCAUCCAUCAAACAUGUUCGUGAUCCAUCGUUAGACAAGCAUGUGGUGAAGCAGAACAAGGUCCGUUUUGUACAAAAGCUGAAAACUUUACUCCUUUCUAAACCAAAACACUAUAUGCCGCUUCAUAUUCUUGGUAAAUGCAGGUCCUACCUAUCCCUAUCAAAGCCUCGAUCACUUGUAUCUAUGAUCCAUCGUUACCCAACCAUUUUUGAACUUUUCACCAUACCUUUACCUCCCACGCCACUCAAUGCAGCAAAAACACUUCCCCAACUCUGUGUGCGUCUUACCCCAGCUGCCGCAUCUCUUGCAAGUGAAGAAUCUAAACUCAAAACUGCAAUGUCCAACUCCUUAGCCAACAAACUUCAGAAACUUCUUAUGCUCUCUUCUCAUCACAGGCUCCUUUUGUCAAAAUUGGUUCACAUUGGCCCAGAUCUUGGACUCCCCCUUAAUUUCCGAUCCCGCCUGUGUAACAAGUACCCAGACAAAUUUAAGACUGUUGACACCUCUUACGGGCGUGCGCUUGAGCUGGUGUCAUGCGACAUUGCUCUGGCCAAACCUCUGCCUGUUCCUGAUGUCAAACCUCUUGGCUUGAUAGUAGAUAGGCCCUUAAAGUUCAAACGUCUGAGGCUUCGUAAGGGGCGCAAUGUGAGGAGACAUCAUGAGGAAUUUUUGAUCAAGUUCAGAGAGAUAACAGACGUGUGCCCGUAUCAUACAAAGGUUGGAGAGUUUCCAAAAGAAUCCAUCAAGGCAGAGAAGAGGGCUUGUGAUGUGGUAAGGGAGAUAUUAGGUAUGAUGGUUGAGAAGCGGACAUUAGUUGAUCACUUGACACAUUUCAGGAAAGAGUUUGGGCUGCCAAACAAGUUGAGAGCUAUGCUUUUGAGGCACCCAGAACUAUUUUAUGUGAGUUUGAAGGGCCAGAGGGACUCAGUUUUUUUGGUAGAGGGCUAUGAUGACAAUGGUACGCUUUUGAAAAAGGAUGAAUCGUCAAUCAUAAAAGAUCUGUUACUGGACUUGGUUAGGGAAGGGAAAUGGAUGCGGCGAGAGAUAAGGCGUGGAAUUGAUAACGAUUUUAGUUAUGGAAGUACAACAAUUACCGAAGAUCAUGACAGCCAUGAUGAGACUGAUGAUCUUAUGGACAGCUUGGAUGACUUGUUUGAAUCUGACAGUUAUGGUUCAGAUAACAGUGAUGAUGAAGAAGCUGCAAAUAUUGAUUCAUUGCAUGUAGCCGAGGAACGAGAGUUCUGGUCUACCAAGGCUGUUUCUAUGUUUGGUAGUGAGGACAGUCAAUGUCUAGAACCUUGGUAAGGUCAGCUUACAUUUUAUCCUCCCCAAACCCUACUCCGUAUGGGAUUUACUGGGUUUGUUUGGUUUUCGUUAAUUUCAAGGCGUUGAAAGUUAAUCAUAUGGAAAUUGCAUAUAUACUACUAAUGUACUUCUAACCUGUAUGAUUACUUGAUGAGAAGCGAUGAUGUUUUUGCUUAUGCGUCAAAGGAGUUCACAGAUUCCGUAGAUGAUCUCUAUUUAUAAAUGGCACUAAUCAAGAAGCAUAUUUUGGUAUUAGAUCUGUUGUAUUGAAGCCACAUGCAUAUGUAGUAGGUUUGCAAAAGGUACCCCCAGUAAAGGAAAUUAUCUCUAUGCGGUAAAAGUAAAGAUUUCCAGGACUUAGUUUGUCUUUAUAUGCGUGCUAAUAAAUAAUGUAGUAUAAAAAGAAGUCUACAUUCUCCACACAACCCCCCGCUCUCUCUUUCCAAAUCGGCUCACUGGUCCUAGGGUUUCGA